GAGAGCUCUUUAAAUAUGGAAAGGAGACAGAAGUGCCAUUGACGCUCGGAGACGAGCGAACAGACAAGAGAACGUUCCUCACUUUUAGCGACUGUCCAGAGUAUCUGAGUUUUUUAAUUUUUUGAACUUAUAGUAGUUUGUAGAUCCAUAUCGUUAAAUCCCGACAGAUAGAAUACGAACAGGUCGAAGUGAGUAAACUUAACCAAAGUGCUUGGCUUCUUCUGCAGUUUUUGGCGUUUUCACAAAAUAUCGACAUUAAGAAUAGUGAGCGCGUUUGUUUCACACUGACAGGACGGCUUGUGUGACACCAUUACGCACUUAAGCACUUCGGGAAGGAGGACUCCCGUAAUGAGCGAUAAAAACAAGGUGGAUGAAGAGGCUGUGGUGGACAGAGGUGCCUCAUAUGUCAAACAUUGUGACAAGGAGGAGGUUGAGAGCCAUCACACAGUGUACAUUGGCGUCCAUGUACCCAAGAGUUACCAUCGCCGUCGGAGACACAGAAGACGUUCAAGUCACAAAGAAAAGAAAGAGCGAUUAAUUGAAGGAGUGAGCGACAAAUCGGACACUGAGAAUGUGGAUGACUCCGCCACCAGCAUCCUCAAACCUCUCAUCUCUUCGGCAGCCGAAAGGAUCCGCUUUAUUCUGGGUGAGGAGGAAAGUGGCCCCGCACCACCACAGUUAUUCACUGAACUUGAUGAACUUCUCACCACUGAUGGCAACGAGGUUGAGUGGAAAGAGACUGCCAGAUGGAUCAAGUUUGAGGAGAAGGUAGAAGAGGGUGGAGAGAGGUGGAGUAAGCCCCAUGUUGCCACUCUGUAUCUGCACUCACUGUUUGAACUGAAGAAGUGCAUAGAGAAGGGCACUGUCAUGCUUGACAUAGAGGCUAACUCACUGCAGCAGAUUGUUGAUAUGAUAACAGACACUCAGAUUGAGAUGGGGCUGUUGAAGGCUGAGCUGAAGGAAAAGGUUACAUACACGCUACUGCGAAAACACCGCCAUCAGACCAAGAAGUCCAACCUACGCUCUUUGGCUGACAUUGGCCGAACUGUCUCGAGUGCAAGUAGGCUGUUUUCAAACCAAGAGAAUGGUACUCCAGCUGCAGUGCCCCAAAAUCUGACCUCCAGCAGCCUUAAUGACCUCUCUGACAAGCCUGAGAAGGACCAGUUAAAUAAUAAAUUCAUGAAGAAGAUCCCACGGGAUGCAGAGGCAUCUAACAUUCUUGUUGGUGAAGUGGACUUCUUAGAUUCUCCUUUUGUGGCCUUUGUGCGGCUCCAGCAGGCCAUCAUGCUUGCAGGGCUCACUGAAGUCCCUGUGCCUACACGAUUUUUGUUUGUUCUUUUGGGACCGACAGGAAAAGCCAGAUCAUACCAUGAGAUUGGUCGAGCCAUUGCUACUUUGAUGUCAGAUGAGGUGUUUCAUGACAUUGCAUACAAGGCCAAAGUUCGGGGUGACCUAUUGGCUGGUCUUGAGGAAUUCCUUGAUGAGGUCAUUGUGUUACCCCCUGGAGAGUGGGACCCUGACAUUCGUAUUGAGCCCCCGAAAUCGCUACCAUCCUCAGACAAACGUAAGAACAACUUAGGAGCAGGAGGAGUUGGAGGUGGAGAUGGAUCCAAACUUAAUGGUGAUGCUCCUAUUGAAGGUGGUGCAGGAGGAGGUGGUGGAGGUCACCAUGUUGGAGAGGAGCUCAAGUUCACUGGCAAGUUUUGUGGUGGUCUGUGUCUGGAUGUUAAGCGGAAGCUGCCAUUUUUUGCAAGCGAUUUUUACGAUGCUCUGAAUAUCCAGGCCUUGUCUACUAUUUUGUUUAUCUAUCUGGGCACCGUAACCAAUGCCAUCACCUUUGGAGGCUUGCUUGGAGAUGCCACAGAUAACAUGCAGGGUGUGAUAGAGAGCUUUGUGGGAACAGCAUUGGCAGGUUCAGUGUUCUGUCUGUUAGGUGGCCAGCCUCUGACAAUCCUUAGCAGUACAGGGCCGGUGCUUGUGUUCGAGCGGCUGCUGUUCAACUUCAGCAAGGACCACACAUUAGACUACCUAGAAUUUCGGCUGUGGAUUGGACUGUGGUCAGGCUUCUUGUGUCUGGUGCUGGUGGCGACAGAUGCCAGCUUCCUUGUACAGUACUUCACACGUUUCACAGAGGAAGGCUUUGCGUCUCUCAUCAGCUUUAUCUUCAUCUACGAUGCGUUCAAGAAAAUGCUCAAGCUUGCCCACCACUACCCCAUCGAUACCAAUUACCACUGGGACAUGGUCACUCAAUAUGCCUGCCAAUGCAUGCCUCCUGAGGGCAACAUGUCUGUCCCAGAUGAAAAAACUAAAUCACUAUUCAACUCAACUGGACAGCAGCACUGGAAUUCUACCUGGUCAUCACUAACUAAGUCUGAGUGUUUGGAGCGGGAUGGAGUUCUGCAAGGAGAAUCCUGUGGUUUUGUUCCAGACAUCACACUGAUGUCGUUUAUCUUGUUCUUGGGCACCUACACAUGUUCCAUGGGCUUAAAGAAGUUUAAAACCAGCAGAUUCUUCCCAACCAUGGUGCGUAAGCUGAUCAGUGACUUUGCAAUCAUACUGGCCAUUCUGAUCUUCUGUGGGAUAGAUGCGCUGGUUGGUGUGGACACACCAAAACUAGAAGUUCCAAGUGAAUUUAAGCCUACAAAUCCAACCCGUGGUUGGUUUGUGCCCCCUUUUGGUGGAAACCCCUGGUGGGUGUACCUAGCCUCCUUCCUACCUGCACUUCUUGUCACCAUCCUCAUCUUUAUGGACCAGCAGAUCACUGCCGUUAUUGUCAACAGAAAGGAGAAUAAACUCAAGAAAGGUGCUGGCUACCAUUUGGACCUGUUCUGGGUGGCUGUGCUAAUGAUCGUGUGCUCAUUCAUGGGCCUGCCGUGGUAUGUGGCAGCCACUGUCAUCUCUAUUGCUCACAUUGACUCACUUAAGAUGGAGACAGAGACAUCAGCACCAGGCGAACAGCCAAAAUUCCUGGGAGUCAGGGAACAAAGAGUAACUGGAGUGAGUGUCUUCCUUUUAACUGGCCUAUCAGUCUUCAUGGCACCUGUUCUUAAGUUUAUUCCCAUGCCGGUGCUUUAUGGUGUCUUUCUCUAUAUGGGAGUAGCUUCUCUAAAUGGAGUGCAGUUCAUGGAUCGCUUAAAGUUGUUUCUAAUGCCAGCAAAACACCAGCCAGAUCUGAUUUACUUGCGCCACGUCCCUCUGCGCCGAGUUCACCUGUUCACCUCCAUCCAGAUUCUUUGCCUCGCCCUGCUUUGGAUCCUAAAGUCCACAGUGGCAGCUAUAAUCUUCCCAGUAAUGAUUUUGGCCCUGGUAGCUGUGAGGAAGGCAAUGGACUAUAUUUUCUCUCAGCACGAUCUUGGCUAUCUUGAUGACGUUAUGCCAGAGAAAGAAAAAAAGAAGAAAGAGGAUGAGAAAAAGAAGAAAAAAAAGAAGGGCAGCAUUGACAGUGACUUAAACUAUUCAGACUAUCCAGCCAAUGACAAUAUUCCCACUAUAAAGAUAUCUAUGGAGACGAUGGAGGAGGAGCAAAUGAGGGGAGACAAACCCUCAGAAAGAAAUAAGCCCAUGUCAUUCCUCACUCCAUACUGAUUCACUUGGUUUCUUUCCUUCCAGGUCAAGAUUUCAGUCAGUAUCAGUAACUCACUGGAUACAGAGAGUAUGAGGAAAUCCCAUGCUAAUGCUGGACCUAAAACCCACUGUGACUGUAAGAAGGAAAUACUGUAUUUUAUCUAGAUAAAACACUCCUCUAAAUAUUUGAAUAAUACUGUACAUAUUUAAAAUUAAAUCAUUUACAGAUUAUGGUUUGAAAGGAUUUAACAUCAUGUACUCUUCAUUUGAAGGCAAAUGUAAAGCAAAGAAUUUUGUAUUUAAUAUUAAGCUUGUACUUAUUAUGUAAUAUCUUAUUCUCUUAUGAGUCUUAAAUUUGUGCAGAAUGUCUUUGUCUUUUAGCCUAUGAGCAAAUGACAUCAAAUAGAUCAAAUCUUUUCAUAAACAAAUAUAAAUAAUAGAAACCUCAGUUCUAAAACAAAAACCAAAAACAACCUUUCAUGAUCUUGCAAAUUAUGCUAAACCAAUUCUGCACACACAUGGAGUUUUUAUUUAUACUUUACUGAUUAGUACAUUUUAUUAUAUUUAACCUUGAAUCAUAGCUCUACCUCUUAGAGUGCUAUAGUGCCAGGCACUGUGUGUUUGAUCUAUGCAGAUAUAAAGUGAUUGCGAUGAAAUAUAGCUCUUUUAAGAGCAUGCACAAGAUUGCUGUCAUCAUUUUAUUACAAAUUAUAAUAAUCAUCCAUAAACUAUGCAAAACCCAAUCUGUGUCUUUCUACAAAGUAAAUGACAGAUGUGUAUUGAAGAGAUUAAAAUAUGAUUUUAUUAAGUGUACUCUGAGUAUCAUCUGUGCAAAUAUAUUUUUAUUGUACUUCAUUUUUUUAACAAAGAGAUUGAUUGAUCUAGCAUAUAGUCUUUUAUACAUAAGUACUGUAGGUAAUGUUGCUAAAUGUGGAUUAUAGAUUGAUAUCUGCAACAGACAAUAAACAGAAAUAGUUUUAAAUAAUUCUAAUUAGUUUAAUUCUGAGUAGUAAUUUCAAAUUAAUGUAUUAAUUCAACCUGAUUAAAGUGUAAACUCUAGAGAGUGCUGUGUGUGAAAAUCCUAAGUGAUCAGCAGUUUAUGAAAUACUAAAUCCAGGCUGUCUGGUACCAACCAAGACACGGUCAGAGUCACUGAGAUCACAUUUUUCCCUAUUCUGAUGCUUGAUGUAAACAAUGAAACAUAAUAUUAAGCUGUAUCUGUGUAUCUGCUGCUGUGAUGCAUUGUGCUACUGUCACAUGAAUGGCUGAUUGGAUAAUUGUAUAAAUGACCAGGUGUACAACAUUCCUAUUAAAGUGGCCAGUCCAUAAGAUUGAAAUCAUUAUCAGUUAUUAAUGGUUUUUUUUUUAACCAGUAUCAGUAACUCAGUAGGAAAGAUAUAGUAUGGGAAGAUGCAGUGUUUUUUUAACGCAAUACUUUGCCUGCUGUGUCCAUGUUUAAGCAAUUUCAAUCAGGUUUGAGUCAGAAACUUUGAGUCAUGUUUUAUGAAGUAAAAUGGUAGAAAGGUGGAAUCUAAAUGAGCAAAUCAGAUAAAAUAUUUGCAUAGGUAAAAACAUGUUAAAUGUUAAUUAUAUGCUUUUGGUUCUAAAAGCCUUCUGGUAAUGUGCACACUGUUAUAGGUCAGGCAAUAUGUAGAUAAAAACCUUCUAGCCCAUUUAUACAGAAUGAUCACCCAUCGACAGAUGUUAUAGAUUGAAUGUAAGAAUGUGAGUAAAAUUGUUUGUUUCCAUUCCCUGGAUGUUUCCUCUGUAUAUUUUUAAAAUUGCUAAAACAUUUUUGAAAGUGCAUUAGAUUUUCCAAUGAGACACAUUCUCUAAAAUCUUUCUGAACCUUACUUUUAUACUUAAUGUGCUUUUUGAAAUUCUGGCAUAAUUCUUCCUAUUUAAAAUUACCUUGACUGCUUACAGUUAAGAAAGUGCUGCACUCCCCUUGUACUGUACAAUAGACUAAUGAUAUUUAAUUGAUUUAUAAUCAGAGUAUGACAUGUAUUACGAAUAAUAUUAGAGAUGUGUUUUACAAUCAGUUGCUGUGUGAUUUGUGUAUGUUUUACCUACCCAAUAAGUCAUUAUGGCUUUAUGCCUACACUAAAUAUGAUACACUACAUCACUUUCAACAUGAUAAAACAUGGAAAAUAAAGUGAUUGAACAUU